AACCAUGAAGCUUUUCCAAUACAGCCUCUGGGAAUGUCAAUAUCAAUGCCCAUUUCCACUGUAGACAGAGUAGUGAAUACAUUGCCUGCUAUUGAUAAUAUUGAAAUCACACCUACUAAGAAGGAAGCCUUGUCAGACUCAACUCCUCCCUUAGGUACUGAUGUGAUUAUCACACAUGGAGUUUUCCCUGUAGUAGAUGAUAAUUUCAGUCCAGCCCCAGGUCAAGUAGCCACAACAAAGACACCUGAUUCUGAACUUGGUGAUCAAGCAAGUACCAAAACCCCUUCUUUGUUGAGCAACGACACUUCCGAUUCCGAUUCUGACUCUGAAGAUGACGAACAUGAAAUAUCUGAGCAAGACGUAUCAGAAGUCCCACAGAAUACACAAGUAAAGUUCCAGCAUAUGACAUCUCACGAAAAGGGUCAUUCUAAUGACCAAAAUGACGAGAUUUUACCAGAACUUGAAGCCAAUAAUGCCCCUGCUCCUUUGCCAGCAGAAGCUGCACAUACAGAAGCCUCUAAAAAUACCAGAGAGGUACAACAUUUUAGUGGCGAUGAAGCACUAAUAAAUUCUGCCCCACGAUUCCAGGAUGUGUCAGAAGAUGUAUCAUAUAUCAAUGAGACUGACUUAGAAGGUGAACUAUGUUCUUCUAAAUUAAUAGCGUGCCCAGGAUCUCUCACUGUCCCUCUUAGUGUUGAGAAUUCUGCAAUUAAAUCUGUGAUUGAGGUUUCAUCUCCAGGACAGGACCUAGAAAUCACAGAACAUGUGUGUCCUGAAGUGAAUACUGCACCCAUGCUUGUAGAGGAUGAAUCACCCCAUCAAAGAACUGUUAAGCCCCCUUGCGGAACUGCUGCUUUCCAAGUGGAUGGCGCUGUCCCCUCUGGAACAACGAGUGAUAUUCCAACUAUGGUCUUCACCACAUCGCAGAGUACCAGUGAGCAACUGCACACUAUGAGAGGAGAACACCAGACACAGACUCCACGUGAGGAACCUGCAAAAAUGGUACCUAAGCCUGAGGAUGCUUUUGACAACAGCAAAUAUCAAAAUUACCAACACCACAGCUACACCCCUUAUACUUUUGCAGACAUGGAUUUAGAGAUGGCAAAGUAUCGUCUCCCUCAGCCUACCUCUGGAAGACCCUCACCCCGACACUAGAAGACUGGGCCGCUGGAUGGAUGUGUGUAUGUAUGUAUGUAUGUAUGUAUGUAUGUAUGUAUGUGA